UAAUAUUGUAUCCUCUUCUCUCUCCUAUAGUUGAGUUAUGCUGAUAUGUUGAAGAGAGUUGAUCCGUUAUGUAAAGAAUUGAAAGAUUUGGAAACCAAAUCUGAGGACACUCGUCAAAAAGGAGAAGAAAUAACAAAAAUAAUAGCAGAACUUGAAGCCUCUAUAGCAAAAUAUAAAGAAGAAUAUGCAAUGGUUAUAUCUGAUGCUAGUGUUAUUAAGAAUGAUUUAUCAACUGUUGAGAAAAAAGUGAGUUCCUCCUUCGUUUGCGUCACCUUGAGAAGAGUCUCCUCACUGCAUUGAAUGAGGUCAAGGGUCGUAUCCUAGACAACAACAGGUACCCACAAUUCUAAUAAUACAUGUACUUAGUAACGC